CGCCUCGUCUCUCCCUCCCUCUCAAGGACAAGCCAGCGAGCCUGUGACAAGACAACCUCUCCGCGCUUUCCUCUCACUCAAUUCGCAGACCUCCCUAUGUCGUCGCAGGCAAUUGCGACGUCGACAAGAGGUCUGCCGGAUUUCCCUUCGGAAGCGAUCGACCUGCAUGACUUUGAACACCCAGCAUGGUCUGGUCCCUCGAACCUUCACGAGCACGCCUCGCAGCCACAAGAUGAAGUAGAACAAUGCCAUUCAAACGAAACACCCGCCUCAGACGGUAAUUCUUGGGUCGAAAUGGACGCGCAACAAAGGAAACAAGCCGUGGGAAAUCUACUGGCGGCUUUGGCGCCCAUGAGUCCGACCCAGACCGCAACUACAACGAACGGGACAACAGAAUCGAUCCUUCCUCCGACCACGAGUGAAGUCUCGGGCAAACAGGCAGAAGCCAGUGAAUAUACACCGAACGGAAACAGCUCGACAAACAAUACCAUGAAUACAGAUCCUACCGUCACCAUGUCCCUCCCUCCACUUCCUCCUCUCAGUACCGACGACUUCCUGGACGAGAAUGCUCCUCCGUUUCCCUCCAGCUUCCCUCAAGACCCUUUCGACCCAUCACAGGCCACUCUCAUAGGCGAAGAACCACUGACCAUGACUCAAGGCGAAUCUCAACCGCCGAUACCGUCGCAAGAUCCGCAACCAGAACGGCGGGAAAUCGAGGCUUUCGCGAAGAUCGAAUUUGAGGAUGGAAACUAUUACAUAACCACAUACGCCUGUGAGCUGGGUCGCGACGCUUUCGCCUACAGAGCCGCCCUCACAAGAGCUGAGCAAGCGCGCCAGGCAGGGCAAGACGCCGCUCAGAGUUCCAGUGGGAGACGGUCAGGUCUGUCGGAAGCCGUGCCCAGACCAGGCGAGAGUCAAGUACAAGGCAGCGUCGUCAGUGAGGCGGGUGGGUUCGGCGGUGUGGACGAGGCUCCCCUGCUGCAAAAUGGCGAGCAUGACGACGGUCAUCCUAUGGACUCUCAUUCAUCUGAAAGGUCUGGCGGUAGUGUCGUCAAACCACAAGAAGUGCUCAUCAACCCUCCACUCAUUCCCUUUGACUACCAUAAGAUGGCAGAACGUCAAGCGCAACUGGAGCACGAACACGAUCCCGAACCAGAUAAUGAACAGCCCGCACCUGUCACGGCCGACCACAUCCCUGACGCUCACAAUUGCCCCCUCAUCCCUAUUCAUGCGAUGCGCAACUUCCAGAAAUCAGAAGUCGAGAACCACAGAAGUAUCUCUCGACGGCAUGUCAAGAUUCAAUGGGAUUUUGACAAGGAGUGCUUUCAGAUGAAGGUGUUGGGCAGAAACGGUGCCUUUCUGGACGAUCAGUAUCUGCAGCGCGGUUCAGUCAAGCGAUUACGUGAUGGUUCCAAGAUCCAGAUUUCCAAUGUCUGGAUGAGUUUUCGGCUGCCGAGUCAGAAUGCAGAGCCCGCGAGUGAAGAAUCCGAGCACGAAGAAGCGCACCCAAGCCCUCCGCCGCAACGGAGCACUUCACCAACGUCGGAUGAGAUUGAAAGGAGCGCUUCCCCACCACGUGGUGGCAAGACAAAGCUCAAGAUCACAUUAAAUACCGCCCCUCAGAAGCCGUCCCAUGGCACACCAGAUCCGCUUGUCGGACCCGAUGGCCAGCCCAUGCCACCGAAAAAGCGCGGACCUGGUCGGCCGCCCAAAGACGGCGUCAUGUCCAACCGAGAACGGAAAGAACGGGAGAAAGCCGCGAAAGAUGCUGCAGCAAAGGCCGCCAAUGGAGGAAAGACACCGCCGCCGCUCAUGAAAGGCAAAUUUCCCAAACCGGCUAUGAUCAAGGAAGAGCCGAUGCCCGUCGACUCGAAACCAGAGAAGAGAAAGUACAAGAAGAGAAAACGACCGGGCGAAGAUGGCGACGUCGUUCCGUCGAUUGAAGGUGGUGAGAUUGACGUCCUUAGCGAGACGGAAACACCACCAGUGAAGAAGGCCAGACAAUCGAAGUCGCCUUCUCCAGACUAUCCUGCUGCCGAGACUUUGAACGAAGAGCAGCUUGCCCGACCAUCCGAGCCGUACGCUCGCUUGAUCUAUGAUAUCCUAAUCGAUGUCCAUCCCCAGGCUCUGCCCUUGAAGCUCAUCUACCGAGCUCUGAAGUUAAAAUUCCCUUUUUUCGUUCACAGGGUCGAUUCGGAGGGCUGGCAAAGUAGUGUCCGGCACAACUUGAAUCAGGAAUGGAACAAACUGUUUGAGAAGGACAAGAAAGAAGGCAAAGGAUGGGCUUGGAAGGCUAUACCAGGAGCCCUGCAACCACAGGCAGAGAGACGAAGAGCUGCUCAACAAGCGGCGGCAUCAAAACCGAAACCCAACCCGGCACCACGCCAACAUUCUCAACAAGGGCCACCUCCACCUCUUAACUGGCAAAACAACAUGUCUUAUCCUCAACAAAACGGCAUGCCACCAAGGGGCGCCCCUCCGACUUUCUUCGCGCAAGCUCCAAAUGGUUCAAUGCCGCCACCGCCGAAUGGAAUGCCAUAUCCCGCGCCCUUUGCACCUGGAGGAUCUUCAUCAUCGAUUGCGAUUGGAGGUGCCGCCCAGUCACUGCCGCCAGGUCAACUGCCGAAUCAAUUUUAUCCGCCUGCACACGGUGCUCGUCCCCCGUCUCUCGGACAACAGCCCGGGACAGGUCAGCAGGCUGCUUCCAACCAAAAUCUCUCUUCCGCAACACCAGGUCCGCCCCCACCAGCACCUGCUAGCUCUUCGGCCUCACGGAAUAUGCCUUGCACGACGGAUGGUCUGUUAGCAAUCAGGAGAUUCGAAACUGCCAUGUACAACAACAUCGAUCCACAUCAAAUCGAAACGGCCCGGAAGUUGUUCGCCUCUGCUCAACGUCGAAUGCUCCAUGGGGCAACUUACUCCUCCAUGGUGGAGGGUGAGUGCAAAGAAGAACAUAUAAUCAUGGAACAUAUCCAGAGGUUCAUCAACCGGUACAAGAAUCCCAAUUUCGUGGGCUUCUCGAACACUGGCUCGCCAGCUCCGCCGAACCCAACAAAUAUGGCUCCUUCGGCAUCGGUUCCAGGUCCUAUGACCAUUGUCACGGCCGCCAACUCCACCAAGCCCGCGAAUGGUCCUAUUGGCGGUGCAGGUAACACAACAAAUAAUCCCAGCACCGCGAAUGGUGCGAGACCCAUCGAACCGUCUGCGGCAUCACCAGCUGUCUCGCAGCCCCUGGAGACGAACAAACAUCCACCAGUUGCAGCUCCUGCACCUGCGGCACACCACGGAGAGACGAUUCAGGCUCCUAUUCCAACGGGGGACAAGAUCGGAGCCGACCCGGCAAACCCAUUGUGACUUGAUGCGAGUCGGCAUGAGCAUAACAGGUAGCCUGGCGGUUUGUUCUUGGGGGAAACGGGGGGAAAUGUGCGACUUCAACAAAUUGUUACUCCCAGGUAGUCAUGACCAUAUCGUGGCUGUGGUUAUGGUUAUGGUUUACCUUUGGAGUAUACUAUCCUUUUCGAAUCCAUCAGUAUGACGCUUAAUGAAACAGUCACGAUUGCAGUGUUGCAUCACGGUUGGGGGGUCAGGUUAUGUUAUGACUUUCACGGUACUCAUGAUUGGUGUCAGGCGUGUGGCUGUUAAGGCGUUUCGCUUGCGAUGGCUUUGCGCUGGAGAUGGGCGUUAUUGCUAUGGACCAACUCCAUAUGGCGAAUGGACAGGGCCGGGUACGGUCUGGUCUGUCUGGUGUGGUCGAAGAGUCUCUCUCUCUCUCUCUGAGGCACUGACGCAGUUCUACACUUUGUGGGUGUGAGACAGAGGAAUCGGGUGUCUUGUAUGUGCAUAUGGCAUAUAAGACGAGUACGGAGACAGGACUUGUCUUAAGUUAGACACCGUCCACCGAGCCACCUGAGGACCUGAAGGCGAAUUGAGGGGCGGACUUGAAGCCUACUGUAAAGGCAGAGCUGUGUCGAGUCGUACUACGUACAGAAUGGUUAAAGUGCGAUAACUGUGUGAUUUCUUUUUACUCCUAUACUUCCGUCUGUUGAUCUCAUACUGUUACCGAAUGCG